ACAUGAAGGCAGCCAAUGGGCGGGCGGCGCCUGACGUCAGGCGCCGGGCUCGCGCUGCCUCUUUGCAACAUGUCGGGCUUGUUGAAGCUGGACAAUGCGCUCAGGACCAAGGUGGAUGCUUUCAGGGAGCGAAUGACCGCUGAAGCAGAAGACUUGGUUGCAAGUUUCUUUCCAAAGAAGUUAUUGGAACUAGAUGGUUUUCUAAAGGAACCCCUCUUGAACGUUUCAGAUUUGGCUACUAUUCAUUCAGACCUCAAUUUGCCGGUGCCAGAACCUAUAAUGCUGACCAACAGCCAUGAUGGUUUGGAUAGCGCACGCAACAUUAAGAAGAGAAAACUGGAAGAUGGCGAAAGUAAUUGUCCAGGAACAAAGGUGUUUGUAAUUCCAAAUGGAAUGCUGAAGAGUAACCAGCAGCUGGUUGAGAUGAUUGAGAAAAUUAAACCAGAAAUCAGGACACUCAUGGAGAAGUGCAACACAGUUAAAAUGUGGGUUCAGCUACUGAUACCAAGGAUAGAAGAUGGCAACAAUUUUGGCGUUUCUAUUCAGGAAGAAACUGUUGCAGAACUUCGAACAGUUGAAAGUGAAGCUGCUUCAUACUUGGAUCAGAUCUCCCGAUACUACAUAACAAGAGCAAAAUUGGUAUCCAAAGUAGCUAAGUAUCCCCAUGUGGAAGAUUACCGUCGCACAGUGUCUGAAAUUGACGAAAAGGAAUACAUCAGCCUUCGGUUAAUUGUUUCUGAACUGAGAAACCAAUAUGUAACAUUACACGACAUGAUCAUCAAAAAUAUUGAGAAAAUCAAACGACCCAGGAAUAGCAACACAGAUGCAUUGUACUAAUUGGUGUGCUUCGUGAAUUGGAAUCUGACCUUUAUAACCCCAAAUAUAAGACCGUGAUUGCCUUGGCUUUGUUACGUGAGAUUGGUCUUGUUGAGAUGGAAAGAAUUGGAGUGAAAAAUGAAGCACAGUGUUUGUUGCGUUUUAGUGGAAUAGCUGCAAAGGGAUUUCCAUUCAUCUUUUCUUUUUAUGAUGUACAGAGGUUUUUAACCUUCAGGAAUUCUUUCCCAUUUUGCUUGACAAAUCUUUGUAAUGUACAGUAUUACUGGUCUUAGCAAAGAAUUCUGUUUAGAAGUAAGUUUUAUUUCGAAAUAUGGUAUUUUUCCAUUUCUUUCACAUCCUUCCCUCAUUAAAAAAGAUGACAGAUGAUGUACAAAUUAUCCUGUAAAUGCUGAAUGUUAGUCAUGUACAACUCUAACAUAUAGGCAAACGCCCACAGAACACCAGGCACAGGUCUGAAGGCUGCAAAUUGUAGAAAGGAGCACCUAUUGCACCAUGUUAUACGGUACACUUACUGACUGUUCUAUUUCCUUUCCCUGAUUACCAGUGAACAUUUUUUUAAAGAGAAGUAUUUGAAAAUGUUCUUUUAAAAUAAAAAGUUGUGCUGUAUGCGUAGUGUGAGCCUCCGAAGUGGGGAUAAAUGAAGUUAUAAAUUCUACGUAAAUUACGUAUUGCUAUGAUUUUUCUAAUUGCCCUAAAUUAGGAUACUGAGCAUUAGUUUCUCCAGUUUAACUUUUUCAGCUUCCUUUUUCUUGUGAAGUCUCUCACAAUUUUUAAACCCCAUCUCUGCAUUUUGCUAUGUAUUCGUCCAUUCACUUCUUUUUCUUGCGUAGGUUGAGAAUGUUGAGCCCAUUAGUCAAGAGCUUUUAGCGGGUGGACUGCACAUUUACUGGUGAGCCCAACUUUCAGACCAUGACGACUACUACAAAAUUAUCUAAGACCUAAUAAAACAUUCCUCUGAGACAA